AUGUCUCUCCCAUCUACUCCCCUCUCAAUCAAGCCAUCUACGUCUGAACUAAAAGACGGCGUCCUCACGCAGAAGAACCUCGAAAUCGCCAUCCGAGCUCUCGAGCGCGACGGCCUCGUUGUGAUAGAGGACCUAGUCCAGCAUGCGACCCUUGACAAGCUGAACAACAAGAUGGUCGAAGACGCGUACGACCUGCAAUCCCGAAAAGACAGCCCCUUCAACUACAACAAGGGCAACAUCCAACAGGAUCCUCCGAUGGUGAAAGAGUUCUUCUCCGAGGAAGUAUUCACGAAUCCCAUAGUAACGCAGGUGACUUCUACGGCAUUGGGUCCGAAGCCUUCUCUCCGCUUCAUGUCAGGCAACACCGCGCUUCCACCAACUGCAGAUUCCCCACCGGCGUCCCAGCCCACCCACACCGAUGCCGACUUUGACCAUCCCCACAUUCCCUUCGCACUUGUGGUGAACGUCCCCCUCAUUACCAUGGAAACCCAGAACGGCUCCACUGAAGUCUGGCUCGGCACCCAUUCCGAGACAAGUAUUGCCGACCAAGAAGGUGCACACGGCGAGAGAGCUAGCGGAAGAAUCAAGAAAAACUUGCUUGAGGCACGGAGGAAAGUCAGGGCACCGUGCCAGCCUACAGUCAAGAAAGGCAGCAUCGUCGUCAGGGACCUGAGGCUGUGGCAUGGUGGAAAGCCGAAUUUAAGCGAUGAGCCGAGGGUGAUGCUUGCCAUGAGUGAGCUUUGCCCUACCAAGAUCCCCUACAAAACGCACUGUGCUGAUCCUUCUCCAGUCCAUUUCGCACCCUGGUACCGUAACCAGAUGACGGUGGAAUUCGCAGAGAAUUUGAAGGACCAGUUGACGCCGGAGAAGACAGGCUUGCACGUCGCGGCUGAAUAUGUGGCAAGCGAGAAGCUGGAGGUGGAGAAGGGUUACUUGAACAGGCCGUAUGGAAAUGCGUACGACUUUGAUCAGGUUGAUAAGGUGCAGGAUCUUUGCUCUGAGGUUUGA